AGUGGAAAAAGUAUCUUCAAAACAAGAUCCUGAAAAGCUUACAUACGAAGCAGUGUCACGAACUAGUAGCGGGGGCCAGUUUGGAGGCGAGGCUGGCGGUGGCGGGGGAGAAGGAGGGGUCAGUCACUCUUCCUUGCGACACUUCCAACUCUUUUGAUGACAACUUCAAGUGGAUGCGCAGUUCAGACUCUGAGGGAGUCAUAUUUGAACCCAUCUUCAUCCCAGGCAGCCAACAGAACGAUAAGUUGUACAGGGUUGGCUCUGGGUCCAGUAGUGCUCUGGUGGUGGACAAGGUUUCGAAAGAUUCCAGUGGUUUCUACUGCUGCGAACUGUUCCAUGGAAGUCCUUACAAGUCUAGCGCGGAGAAAGCGUUUGGAGUGCUGGUGCUUCCCGCUAACUUCCAGCCAAUUCUAUCCGGCAUGCCCUUGGAAGCAGCAGAAGUUGGAUCACAAGUCACUCUCACCUGCACUCCCCCCUCGGAAGAGACACGGCUGGGGGACAAAAUUGUGCCCACUGUCAAAUGGCAAGUGCCGUCCACUGUUCCUCAGCCAGAAGAUGGGGCGACAGAGUUCACUUUCAGUGUGAAGGAGGCUUUGAAUGGAGCCCAAUUCCGGUGUCUGUUCGACUACCCCCAAAUUAGAGAGUUCCCCUCCGAGCAGAAAACUCUGGGGGUUAAGUUUGCGGCUCGAUUCCUGGAAGCAGAAUCGACAGACAACAGGGACCCUGUGGCAGUGGAAUUGACUGGCUCCACUACCAUCAGUUGUGCCUUCGAGGCAAACCCCCCUGUGGAGCCCGAGACAGCCUUGUUCCAGUGGAAGAGAACUCUGGUGGAGUCACCGCAGACAGGGAUGGGUGGGGAGGAUGAUGGGGAUGGAGUGAGUGGUGGGGCUCAGUGUGACAUGAAGAGAAAAGAGGGGGUGCGUGAGGAGAAAGUGGUACCGGAUGAGGACACUGAGUUGGUCCCCACCAGCAGAAUGGGCGAGGGAGGAGUGGGGGCGGGGCAGAAGACUGUGACAGUGUUCUCCCUCACCAUCAAGAACUUCGACUCUGACAAGGAGGGAUGCUACACCUGCUCCCUCUCCCUCCCCAACUCUGAGAACACACUCAGCAGGAGCUUCAACCUAAUAGGCAAGUCAUCAUCUCACUCAUUCACACAUGGAAGUAGUAUGCAUAUAGUGCGUUAG